UUGUAUAUCAAUUGAGAGCGUCAGUUGUUUAGUUGUUAUUUUUUAAGAAGAAAGAUUUGAUUUGUUGUUUUGUGUUGGUCGUCGUCGGUGACUGUUGGUUUUUCAAAGAUGAAUCGUCGUUUUUCUCGUGUUGAGUCCGGGGUGGAUCUUAAGGAUUACUUCGAUCGCGGAGAUAUUGCCUCCCGCGAGAACCGCUGGACUUUCGAGAUUGCCUGGGAGGUGGCUAAUAAAGUUGGAGGCAUCUACACGGUAAUACGAUCGAAGGCGUAUGUGUCGACAGAAGAAAUGGGCGAGCAAUUGUGUCUCAUGGGCCCAUACAAAGAACACUGUGCCCGCACGGAAAUGGAAGAAAUGGAAUUUCCUCGAGGCAAUCCGCUUUUGGAUGCCGUCAAUAAUUUACGUUCCAGGGGCUAUAAAGUGCACACAGGCCGUUGGUUGGUAGAUGGUAAUCCCCAGCUCAUCUUAUUCGAUAUUGGAUCGGGUGCUUGGAAACUUGAUCAAUUCAGAUCAGAGCUCUGGGACAAAUGUCACGUCGGGGUGCCUCAUCUCGACAUUGAAACAAAUGAUGCAAUAAUUUUAGGAUAUAUGAUUGCCGAGUUUUUGGAAGAGUUUCGGAGGUGCGCCACAGAAUACUCACAGGCUAACGACUUGCAAGCGCCACGGAUUGUGGCUCAUUUUCAUGAGUGGCAGGCUGGAGUAGGUCUAGUCGCUUUGAGAACUCGGCAUGUGGAAAUAGCAACUGUAUUCACAACACAUGCCACAUUGCUGGGACGCUACUUGUGUGCUGGCAACACGGACUUCUACAAUAACCUGGACAAGUUCGCCGUAGACGAGGAGGCGGGCAAAAGACAAAUUUACCAUCGCUAUUGUAUUGAACGCGCAGCUACUCACUUGGCUCAUGUUUUCACUACCGUUUCCGAGAUCACGGGCUACGAAGCGGAGCACUUGCUGAAGCGCAAACCCGACAUUAUAACACCAAAUGGACUGAAUGUAAAAAAAUUCUCGGCCAUACAUGAAUUCCAAAAUUUGCAUGCGAUGGCCAAGGAGAAAAUCAACGAAUUCGUUAGAGGACACUUCUAUGGGCACAUGGACUUCGAUUUAGACAAAACCUUGUACUUCUUCAUUGCUGGUCGUUACGAAUUUGGUAACAAAGGCGCAGACAUAUUUAUCGAGUCCCUGGCCCGUUUGAAUGCACAGUUAAAGCAUGAGAAACCGGAUACAACCGUUGUGGCUUUCAUGAUUUUCCCCACGAAGACAAACAAUUUCAACGUUGAUUCUUUACGAGGUCAUGCCGUUGUCAAGCAGUUGCGCGACACCAUCAAUGGCGUGCAACAAGGUAUUGGUAAACGUCUAUUCGAUUCUUGCCUUAAGGGGAACAUACCAGCGCCCGACGAGUUGCUCACUAAGGAUGAUUUGGUCAAAAUUAAGAGGUGUAUGUAUGCCUUGCAAAGGGACUCAAUGCCACCGGUUACUACGCAUAACAUUGUUGACGAUUGGAAUGAUCCCGUCUUGGGAGCAAUUAGACGCUGUCAACUAUUCAACACCGUUCACGAUCGUGUCAAAAUGGUAUUCCAUCCAGAAUUUCUAACAUCGACGAAUCCCCUAUUCGGCAUCGACUACGAGGAGUUCGUGCGCGGUUGUCACUUAGGUGUAUUCCCCUCGUACUACGAGCCUUGGGGAUACACACCGGCCGAAUGUACUGUCAUGGGUAUACCCAGCGUUACAACAAACCUCUCCGGUUUUGGUUGUUUCAUGGAAGAGCACAUAAGCGACCCCAAAUCCUAUGGCAUUUACAUUGUGGAUCGUAGGUACAUUGGUUUGGAAAACAGUAUCCAGCAAUUGGCCAACUAUAUGAUGGACUUCUCCAGAUUAAACAGAAGACAGAGAAUUAUACAGCGUAAUAGAACAGAACGUUUGAGCGACCUACUCGAUUGGAGAACUCUAGGCAUUUAUUACAGACAAGCGCGUGUGAAAGCUCUGCAGUCGGUUUACCCAGACUACAUCGAUGAAAGUUCCUUGUACAGUUCCCGAAGUAACUUGAAUUUCUCCCGACCUUUCAGCGAACCACCGAGUCCCUCAUCUUCAAGACAUACCACACCUGCUCCCUCCGUACACGGAUCCGACGAAGAAGAUUCUGUGGAUGAAGAGACCGAACUUAAGGAGUUGGGCAUCAAAUAGAACAAUAUUCAGUACCUAUUCUACCUGUGUAAUCACUUGUUUUCGCCAGCCAGAAUUCAUGACCCAUAAUAAAUGAUCGAUCUACGACGACUCAGUUCUUAGACAAAACUUUGGCACCAGUUAUGCAAUCCUUGACCUUUGCUUUGAUGAUAAAUAAGAAAUAAACAGCGUACCUUACCAUUAACCUCUAAAACGAACUUAUCGGCAUGCAACCGCUAUAAAAGCCAUCGCUGGUACCAACAACAAUUUCAAGGGCCAACAAUUGGUUAUGAUGGUAAAUUUUGUGCAAUAUGCAAACUGCCGAUAGCCGUUGUUGCUCUGGUUUAUUUUAUUUUGUGGUAAUGGGAGUAGGAAAUUUAAAAGAUAAGAUUACAAAAAACUGUACAAUUAAAAAAAUAUUGCAAUGAUUUUAAAUAAAUACAAAUGAGUUAUCCUC